GGAGCGGGCGGGCGGCGCCAGGCGCGGAGGCGGCGGAGCCUCCUCGGCGAACAAAGAGGGAGCGAGCCCGGAGCCGGCCAUGAGGGGCCGCCGGCCGGCGGGGAGCGGGUGAAGAGAGGGGCUCCAUGGCCGGCGGGUCGGGGUGACGAGAGGUCGGUGAGGGGAGGCUGAGGCUGAGGCGAGGCGAGGCAUGGCGGGCGUCAGCUACUCGCCGCCCUGGUGGGUGAGCCUGCUGCACCGCCUGCCGCACCUCAGCCUGCGCUGGGAGCUCACCUCCGCCGAUUUUCGCCCGCACGACGCCGAGUACCAGCAGGCCCUGCUGCUGUUGGGUGGCGUGGCGCUCUCCUGCCUGGCUCUGGACCUGCUCUUCCUCUUGUUCUACUCCUUCUGGCUGUGCUGUCGCCACCGAAAGAGCGAAGAACACCUCAAUGCAGACUGCUGCUGUACAGCAUGGUGUGUCAUCAUCGCGACCCUGGUGUGCAGUGCUGGCAUUGCUGUUGGCUUCUAUGGGAAUGGAGAGACUAGUGACGGUAUUCACCGGCUGACCUACUCGCUACGCCAUGCAAACCGCACUGUGGCAGGUGUCCAGGACCGGGUGUUAGAUACCGCAGUGGCCCUGAAUCAAACAGUGGAGCCAAACUUACUCAUCCUGGAGGAGAUGUUCGCAAAGCAGACGGACUACCUGCACAUUAUCCAGAAGCUGCAAGGUCUCUUGGAUGAUCUGGUCAGGCAAACAACUGAGAUCCCCUUUUGGAAGAAUGAAGAGCUGUCUCUGGAGGAGCUGGCAAUUCAAAUUGACCUCUAUGACUGGUACAGGUGGCUGGGUUACCUGGGCCUGCUCCUGUUCCAUGUUCUAAUAUGUUUGCUGGUGCUCUUUGGACUCAUUAGAAACUCCAGGGCCAUUCUUUUGGGGGUGUGUUUGCUUGGGGUGUUUGCCCUGAUUGUCAGCUGGGGAUCCUUGGGUCUGGAGUUGGCUGUCGCAGUGGGUUCCAGUGAUUUCUGUAUUAACCCUGAUGCUUACAUCUCCAAAGUGGUUGAAGAUAAUGCAGUGCUUAGUGCUGAUACCCUCCGCUAUUACAUUACCUGUAGUGCUGGAUACCCCAAUCCUUUCCAGCAGAAGCUGUCAGGAAGUCACAAGGCUCUGGUGGAAAUGCAAGAUGAUGUUAUGGAACUCGUGAGGUCAGCAAGCAGAGAGCACCCCACCUCCAAGGAGUAUCUUAUGCGCAUCCAGGAGGUUUUAAAUUCAACAGAGAUCAACUUGCAGCAACUGACAGCUUUAGUAGACUGUCGGAGUCUGCAUUUGGAUUACGUCCAGGCUUUGACGGGCUUUUGCUAUGACGGAGUGGAAGGCCUCAUCUACCUGGUUCUCUUCUCCUUUGUCACAGCCCUCAUGUUCAGUUCCAUUGUGUGCAGUGUCCCACACACUUGGCAGCAAAAGAGAAGCUCAGAUGAUGAUGGGGAAGAAGAAUCAGCUGCUCAGGGGAGCAGACAGACACACGAUAAUCUUUACAGAGUGCACAUGCCCAGCCUCUAUAGCUGUGGGAGUAGUUAUGGCAGUGAGACCAGCAUUCCAGCAGCAGCACACACAGUCAGCAAUGCUCCCGUCACAGAGUACAUGAGCCAGAAUGCAAAUUUCCAGAACCCCCGUUGUGAGAAUACCCCGCUCAUUGGCCGGGAGUCCCCACCUCCCUCAUACACCUCCAGCAUGAGAGCCAAAUACCUCGCCACCAACCAACCUCGUCCGGAUGCUGGCAGUGUGCAUUAAAAUGAAAAAGCUAAAGCAAAAAAAAAAAAAAAAAAGGCAAAAAACAAAAACAAAACAACAAGAAAACCCACAUGUGCAGUCAGACAAAACAAUGUGCCAACUGCUGUGCCCCUGUGCUGUCCUCGUAGAACAAUCCUGCUGUUCUGCCCAAAAUCCAGUGCAGCUCCUGUUUCUCCAGCCCAGACCACCCCUUCAACCUGGUACCUGCCUACUGGAGUGGAAGCCCCUUUUGAAUUUAAGCCUUCACUUUGCUGUACCUGAUGUGCAAGAGAGAGCAAGCACGUACAGGCAAGCAACCAAGAGAUUACCAUCCUGUCCUGGAUUCCAGCUGCCUGGGGCCAGCUUUAACAGAGUAGCCCGAUAGAAAAUGUUGGUGAAUAUAUUCUGCCCCCAUUUUUUCCCCUUCUGUUCCUCAGAGGGAUGCGGUGAAAGAUGGUGGUAGAUCUCUUCUUACUUCUGCAGUGGGAUCAGUGGAGCUGCUUGGUCUGUCAAACGCUGAAGAGACAGAGUUUCGGUGUCUGUGACUAGCGAACAACGAGGGAAAGCUGAGCCAAUGCACAAUACAGCAUCUGGGGGGGAGUCCUCUGGUCCAGUGCCCUGUGUGAGGGAGGAGGGAAACCCCUGCCUCUUGGUGUCACUGUAUAUCCACUGUAAUCUGUGAGCCUGUGGCUCUUUUCUAGAGAAAACCACUCCACUAGCAUGGUAACAAAAAAAAAAAUCAAUUAAGAAAGUGCUGUUUUCUUUCCCACUCUAUCUAGCAUGUGAAUUCUUCAGGAGGAGCAGGGUGUCACAGCACCACCUAAGUACCCGGUCCAUUGCUCUGAACCUGACCUCUCUGCUCCACCAGGGAAGCCCAGGUACUUGCAGAUGGCGUUCUUGGUGCUGCUUUUAUGAGGCCAACACACAGAACAAACAGGAGCCAGCCACCACCCACUUGGUGCCAAACUUUUCCAGGAAAAGACUUGUAAGACUUUAUGGUUGGUUUUUUUUGGUUGUUUUUUUUUUUGGUGUUUUUUUCUUUUUUUUUUUUUUUUUGCACUGAAGAGUUUCAGCUGUCUGAUAUUAGGUCUUAUGGGACAGUCAGCUUGCAAAAGCAAGAGGGACUGCAAGCACCAAUGGAUUUAUAGCAAAUGCAAACUCCCUGCAGGAGUGACCUGUGAACUCUGGUGGACUUUAUUUUUCUUUUUUUAUUCCUUUUUUUUUUUUUUAUCACAGUUUACAGCACAGGGCUGCUGAACUGGCACUGAAGGAAGUUUUUUGGAGCCUCAAUCCUAACAAACUCACAAAAUCCUCAGUAUAUCUUCUGUGCUCCGGAAUCAGAAACACAAAUGCCAUCAUUUGGGCAUUUGGAGAAUGUUGUGACUGUCAGAACAUAUUUUUUUCUAUUUGCUUUUGUUUUUCAAGGCACAUUGCUAACCACUAUCUGACCAUAUUCAGGCACAUGUAGGCAUUUUUCUAGGCAUGAGCUAGAACAAGGCUUGCAAAGGGGCAGCUGGGUGCCUGCAAAGGGCAACAUCCUCCAUUGGUGCUGUACUUUCCACUGAAGAGCAGUGCUCCAAAGGACACUGACCACUUACUACUGGAAGAGCAGGCUGCCUCUUGGGCAGCUAGUAGUACUGUAGAGUACUGGCCUUUCAGUAGGGAAACUAUGAUGUUCCUUCUGUUGGUGUUUUUUGUUUUUGUUUUUUAACCUCUGAGCAGCAGUGUGGCUGCUGAGCAUGAUAUUAAAUAACUGGCAGAAGAAAUAAAGUGGGAAAUAUCCCUCAAACUGGAGUUGAGCCAUUGGCAGAGGCAGUUAAUCUUCACAUCGGUGACGUUCAGGCUUGGUGUCCAUUUACCCCACGUUUGCUGUACGGGGCACAAAAUCUACCAAUCUGCCUUUACUCAAGUCAGUUGCCUUCUUGCAGUGAGGUAAGGAUUGCUCCUCGCAAUGAUGGUGUUUGCUCUCAAAGGGUACCAGCUCUGUGGAAAGCAAGCUUUGAGCUCCUCUUAAGAAGAUAAACCACUAACAGAACAAAAAGCUGUAGGCCAGCUUGUACCAUUCAAAGGAGUGAGGGAGAAAGGGAAGACAAGGCACCGCGCAGCCAGGAAGAGAAGGUUUGGGAGAAAACUUCACACUUCACCGUAAAUCUGUGGAAGCAGGAUUUUCUUGCUCAGGACUGAGUAGGCCUUUCAGACGCAUUUGAGGGGCUUCACACUGAAACAUACCUCGGUGUUAUCAAAUUACAAGGGCAGGGAAACAUAGCCGCAGCUUGUAUGGAGGGAUUUCUGUGGCUCAUGAGCACCAGGUUUUCCACCUUGUCUUAAAGCCUACCAGAAGACCCCGGGCGUGCAAGCACGUGGCAUGGUUAGCUUGCAGGGCCCAAAGUAUGCAACUGCUAUCCAGGGGGGGAACUGAACCUUCCCCUCGCUUUGAAGAAAGAAGCAAGAGCCAUAUAAUGCUUACUAAGAACAAAUCGUUCUACUGUCAUCUGUCCCUGCAAGGAUGUGCCCAGAUUGCGACUUCAGCUGUCAUUUGUAGGGGAGUUGCCCUAAAAUCUGUGGCCUGAUCCUGCUCAUUGAAGGCAAGCAUUUUGAAGGCUGGAGGGUGUGGGGAACCCUGUGAGGACAGGUGCUUCUGUAUACUGACAUUGCUGUAUACAGAAAGCAUCCUGAAUACGGAUGUGAUUGCAUUUUGGGAGGGGUUGGAUCCAAAUUGCCACAGUGGCUUUGCCUGUGCCAGGAGGGGCAUGGGGAGCCUAUGCCUCCUGUUUGCAGCACCUAAUGCAGCAGCCACCUUGUCCUGCUUCCUUCCAAGGCUUGGCGUAGUCACUCGUAACACCCAGAACAGCUUCUGACAACGUUUGGGGCUUGCAGCAAGGCACAGAUGUGGAGAUAUGUGCUCUGUGACUUCAAAAUAUAACUGGAAAGAAUGUUUUGGAGAUGACGUUUUGCUCUCUGGAGGCCAGCAUAACAUAACUGCAGUGUGAGCUGUGUACUUUUGUCCAGCCAGCACUUCCUUUACUUGACAUGGAUAUUGCACUUUUGUAAAGCAUCCUGGAACUCUGCUGCCCCGCUGCAUGCUGUGCAGAGCGCUGGAUAGGAAACACAGACAAACGUUUUGGUUUUGUUUUAUUAUUGUUGUUAGUACUUUUUCUUUUUCCUUUUUUUUUUUUUUUUUUUUACUGGAACCUUGAGCGACAGUGUGGCAUUUCUGCAGGCUGGUCUGAGUGGAUCUGCUGAAGAACAGGUGGCCUUUGCCUAUUCUUAUGGCUGCGACGUAAUCAGUCUCAUCCAUACGGUCACACUUUGUCUGAGGAGUGGACUUUGGAAAAGCCAAGAUCUCCCAGACUCUGUGCCUCCCUCUAGGGUGAACAGCAGGUGCUAUCUGGCGAAGACUCAUCUGUUCUAGAUGGCAUUCAUGGUUGAGGGAGUCCAAACUCUUCGAGCUGUAGGGGGGAAAGCUGUGGAGACCUCUCUCUCUUCCAUUGUGUGUCUUUGUUCUUAAUGUGACAAAGCGCCGAGGCUGUAUCGCUUGGCGUGUCCCAGCUGACCUUAUCAGAACAUGAAUCGUGUUACUGGUCGCUAACAAAAGGGUCCAGGAGUCAGGGGAGCUGAGAUUGGCCUCUGGACACCUCACUGACUGCAACAGGGAAGGCGGCGUGUUCCGGUCAAAGGUGACUGCAUCGGUGAAGACACUUCAUGUUACUUUUUCAGAAGCACAAAUGUGGUCAUUGGCUUGUCUGGUUGGCUUGGUUUAUUUCCACUGCAUCAUCAUGUGUGAAUGACUUUUUCUUUUGGAACUGAGAACUCUUCCAAGCACACGAACAUCUCCACAAUGUGAAAUGUAAAUAGCAUGUUGGACUCUUGCGUCCAGUGUUCAAGACUGCAUUGUAAUUGUAAAGGAAAUCAAAUCAAGACUUGGCUGUGAAUUUCUUGUGCUGUCUUGGGAAUAUAACUGUAGUGUUUGUAUCCUGUAUGUACUAUUAAACUGAGUUCAUUUUAUGUGCUGAUAAAAGGGUUCAAGCUAAGAUUUUUAGCGUGCAUCCAUGUACCCAAAUGUGAAGGAUGGAGUGCUCCCUUCCCCUCCUGUCCUUUUUAAGUUUUCUCCAUUUGAUAGGUGUUAAUUUUCCGUGUACAGUCAUCUCAGCCAAGAUGCAAGGAUGUUCAUUUGAGUGCUUUGAGGAGGACACAGUGCAUGGGGAUUUCAGCGAUCCCAAGUCAGGAUUUCCAUAGCAGUUCCCUAAAAAUAUGUAGUGUUCACAUGAAAAGCUUGGCCUUUCUGAGAGUAAACAGCUUCUCGGGGGGCUGCUUAGCCAUCGCUCGUGAGAGCUCUUGGUACUGCGGGGUGAUAGCAGGCAGGAGUGCGUGGAUACCCGUGCGAGCAAGGUACAGAUACCCGUGUGGAUAAACCCGCAUUAACUUCUGGUCCCACCUUCCAGCAGCAGCUGAACUUGCGUGCUGAGCCCUUUGAAGAAGAGAGCGGUGUCUUGGCUUGUUGCUUAGAGCCACCUCACCUGAUUGAGGUGUAGAUUAGGUGGGUGAGUUUCUCCUUAGGUAGAGAGGGGUCUUUGAAGUACUUCCUACGUAGGGACCAAGCCAGGGUCUUCCCCUGGCAAACAAAUCUGUUAGUAACUCACUGAACACCUCCGGGUGGGAGGGGAGAAGCCCUCCAGGCAGAUACUAAGGAGUAGAUCUAACACCUUGAGAGAGGGGACCCGACCAGACUUAAUCUGUACCUUUGGCCAGGUGGCUUCUUUCAUCACCAACUACUUUCAUUUUCCAGAAGUGAUCUGUGUGCGUGCGAUGGAUGGCUUCUCUAGUCCUUCCAGGAGGCCCAGCAGAAGUGUGGGAUGCUUUGGUAGCAGUUCCUAGAUGGCUAACAAGCGGUCCGUGCUUUUGGGGGGAACAGUGGGAUCUCCUGCCGAGCCAUGAUGGUGAGUGUGUUGCCCAGCUGGGAGAGAGAAGGGUUGGGUCACCAGUGGCCUCGAGCUGCCGGGUGCUCACCCAGCCCCUGUGGCUGCGUGCGUGAACAAAGUGGAACAUAAAUUGAUGUACAACCAGAAAGUUCAAAAUAUUCCUUUCCUAAAGAGGAUAACUGUAGCAUGAAGCUCUAGGUGCUCUGCGUAUUUGAUACCACAUUGCUCCUCACUAUGCAAUUCCAAACUCCUUCCUUCCUCUUCCUCCUCUAAUCUCCCACGAAGACUUCUCCAGUGGCCUCUGUGCAGGAGGGCACUGGGCUCCCAGAAAAGCUUCAUUUCUUUCAUCGUCCUCUGCGCUGGGGCCGGGUGCCCAGCUGCCACGUCGUGUGCCUCAGGUCCCUUGUUAACGGGAGGCCCCAUGAGUUUCAUUGACGUCAUUCAGAGGGAAGUUGUUUUUUUUUUUUUUUUCUUGGACACUGUGCACAGAAACCUAAUGGUGAUCAUGUACCUGGCCUUUUUGUAACUUCUCUGUUUCGUUUCUUUCUUCUUAACCAUAAUGGUUGUAUAUCAUACCACUUUAUAUACAUAUAUAUAUAAAUAUAUAUAAUUUUUUUUUUAAACUUUGAACCUGCUAGUUUCUUUGAAGAGUUCCUGCACUUACCCAAAAUGUUUUUAAAUUGUGAGGGUUAAAGAGGAUUGAGCCCAUUUUUGUAUCUUUACUUUUAAUUCUGUAGUUCUAUUGAUUGUAAUGUAGCUAUUUUUUACUGUAAUUUUUUGGUUUGCAAAUACUAAAAAAAAAAAAAAAAAGAACUAAAUGUAAUUUCUGUGGUUUCUAUUCAGCUUGGGUUUCAUGUUUUAAAAAUAAACAAUAUAAAACC